UCCCGCAGCCGUCACCGUGGCUCACCCUGAAGCUCGUGCUGCAGCCGUCUGCCAAUGACAAGGCUGCUGAGAGAGCGCGCGACACACAGGGGGAGAGAGAGAGAGAUACACACACAGGUAGAGAGAGGUUAGAACAGACAGACGGAGCGAGAGAGAGAGAGAGAGAGAGAGCUACUCCACAGCGCGCGGGGCUCGUGCAGCAUCAGAUAUGUGAGCGGCGGGAAGCGGCUCUGCUUCGCGCUGCGGGAGGAUGGCGGGAGGACGGCGGGGUCUCGUGGCCCCUCAGAACACCUUCCUGGAGAACAUCGUGCGCCGGUCCAACGAUACCAAUUUCGUGCUGGGGAACGCUCAGAUCGUGGACUGGCCGAUCGUCUACAGCAACGACGGCUUCUGCAAGCUGGCUGGGUACCAUCGAGCCGAGGUGAUGCAGAAGAGCAGCACCUGCAGCUUCAUGUACGGCGAGCUGACGGACAAGGAGACGGCCGAGAAGGUCCGCCUCACCUUUGAGAACUACGAGACGAACUCUUUUGAGAUCCUGAUGUACAAGAAAAACCGGAUGCCGGUUUGGUUUUUCGUGAAGAUUGCACCAAUCAGGAACGAGCAGGACAAGGUCGUCCUGUUUCUCUGCACCUACAGUGACAUCACCGCCUUCAAGCAGCCGAUUGAGGACGACUCUUCAAAAGGUUGGGGGAAGUUCGCCCGUCUGACUCGCGCGCUGACCAGCAGUCGAGGAGUUCUCCAGCAGCUCGCUCCAGCUGUCCAAAAAGGAGAGAACGUCCACAAGCACUCGCGGCUGGCAGAGGUAAGAAGGACCAGGGCAGCAACAAACCAGAGUCGAUUCUGA